CUUCCCGACAGAUGGAUGUGACAGGCGGCUCCAGGAGCGAGGAUCCCUCCGAAUGAAACCAGGGCUCGCCCCGACACACCGUCGAUUUCCCACCCCGUUUUUAACGCGACGUCUCCCGGGAAGAGAGAGGAUCGAUAUGACGCACGAGCCUCCGAGGCGAGCGGCGCAUUCAACAGUGCGCGGAGCAUCCGAGAAGCUGUGGAACAAGGUGGAGGAGUGAAGCAUCCAUCCGUCCAUCCGUGCACCGCCUCCUCUCCUCUCCUUCCACGACAGCACCUUCCACUCUCUCCUCGGCGGGAUCGUGACUUUAUGUGUAGGGGAAGUUUCGCGACAGAUUUGUAUUUUUUUAUUUUUACGCACAGAAUCAGACAGACGCAGCCAUGGCCGCGCAUCGCUGAGGCGCACCACUGAGUCUCCAUUUCAGAGGAAGUUUAUUAUUUUUGUAUGACUGUUAGUUCGUGCACCAUCGACUCAACUUGCUCGUCCCAGUCGCUCCCAGUGAAGCCAGAUGCGAGGGGCCGAGGGGCGGGCGGCGCUUUGACUCGACAUGGCUGAGCCUCGGGGGCAUCAGGGGGCGCUGGCUGGAGCUCCCCAGGGCGCCUGAAGCCCACUUGAGUUGCUGGUUUCGUGUUUUGGGGGGUAUAGUGGGUGGGUUGUUGGGUUGGAGCUGGCAGGCGACUACCGGGCGACAAUGCCGAAGAACCGGGAGCGAUUCACGCCGGACCCGUCCAUCCACAUGUCCAAGAUGAGCGUGAUCAUCCCCUUCUCUCCAGAUGUGCCCUGUGACAGCCACGGGCAGCGGAUGUGGUGGGCUUUCCUCGCCUCCUCCAUGGUCACCUUCUUCGGGGGUCUCUUCAUCAUCCUGCUGUGGAGGACCCUCAAGUACCUGUGGACCGUGUGCUGCCACUGUAACGCCAAGAAGAAGAAGAAGGAGGUCCAUCGGAUCAUCACGGUCGAUGGCGUCAAACUGAAGGACGACGUGGCUGCCAGCGAGGUGGGCUGGAUGACCUCCGUCAAAGACUGGGCCGGAGUCAUGAUAUCCGCUCAGACACUGACGGGAAGAGUCCUGGUGGUCCUCGUAUUUGCUCUCAGCAUUGGAGCGCUUGUAAUAUACUUCAUAGAUUCCUCUGAUCCCAUCGAGUCCUGUCACAACUUCUACAAGGACUUCACGCUGCAGAUCGACAUGGCGUUCAACGUGUUCUUCCUGCUCUACUUCGGCCUCCGAUUCAUCGCUGCCAACGACAAGCUGUGGUUCUGGCUGGAGGUGAACUCGGUGGUGGACUUCUUCACGGUUCCUCCGGUGUUCGUGUCGGUGUACCUGAACAGGAGCUGGCUUGGCUUGAGAUUUUUAAGGGCCUUAAGGUUGAUACAGUUCUCAGAGAUUUUACAGUUUUUGAAUAUACUCAAAACGAGCAACUCAAUAAAGCUGGUGAACCUGUGUUCAAUCUUCAUAAGCACAUGGCUGACCGCGGCCGGCUUCAUUCACUUGGUGGAAAACUCAGGGGAUCCUUGGGAAAAUUUCCAAAAUUCCCAGGCUCUCUCCUACUGGGAAUGUGUCUACUUGCUCAUGGUCACAAUGUCCACUGUGGGAUACGGAGAUGUUUAUGCAAAGACCACCCUCGGCCGCCUGUUCAUGGUCUUCUUCAUCCUCGGUGGAUUGGCCAUGUUUGCGAGCUACGUCCCUGAAAUCAUAGAGUUAAUAGGAAACCGAAAGAAAUAUGGUGGUUCCUAUAGUGCGGUUAAUGGGAGAAAGCACAUCGUGGUCUGUGGUCAUAUAACACUGGAGAGUGUGUCCAACUUUCUAAAAGACUUCCUACACAAGGACAGGGAUGAUGUCAAUGUAGAAAUUGUUUUUCUUCAUAAUAUCUCCCCUAAUCUUGAGCUGGAAGCCUUGUUCAAGCGACACUUCACCCAAGUGGAGUUUUACCAAGGGUCGGUCCUGAACCCACACGACCUGGCCAGAGUGAAGAUCGAAUCUGCUGACGCCUGUUUGAUCUUAGCCAACAAAUACUGCGCUGACCCCGAUGCUGAGGAUGCGUCCAACAUCAUGAGGGUUAUCUCCAUCAAGAACUACCAUCCAAAGAUCAGAAUAAUCACUCAGAUGUUGCAGUACCACAAUAAGGCCCACCUGCUGAACAUCCCCAGCUGGACCUGGAAGGAGGGCGACGACGCCAUUUGCCUCGCUGAGCUCAAACUGGGCUUCAUCGCCCAGAGCUGCCUGGCUCAAGGGCUCUCCACCAUGCUGGCCAACCUGUUCUCCAUGAGGUCCUUCAUCAAGAUCGAGGAGGACACGUGGCAGAAGUAUUACCUGGAGGGCGUGGCUAAUGAGAUGUACACUGAGUACCUGUCCAGUGCCUUCGUGGGCUUGUCUUUCCCUGUUAUUUGCGAACUCUGCUACGUGAAGCUGAAGCUGCUGCUGAUCGCUAUCGAGUACAAGUCUGACAUAAGAGAAAGCAGCACUCUGAUCAACCCUGGGAACCACGUGAAAAUGCAGGAGGGAACCUUGGGCUUCUUCAUCGCCAGCGAUGCCAAAGAAGUAAAGAGGGCGUUGUUUUACUGUAAAUCCUGCCACGACGACAUAUCUGAUCCCAAAAGAAUAAAGAAAUGUGGAUGCAAGAAAUCCAAGAUGGCCGCCUACAAGAAAAUAAGACUGGCAUGCUGUUUUGAUUGCGGGCGCUCAGCAGAGCGGGGCUGCUCGUGCAUGCCGGUUAAUGUGCGUUGUAACGUGGACUCCUCUCAACACGACAUCCCACUCUCUGCUGUCUCUGUUAAUGAUUGCUCAACCGCAUUACGUGCCUCUAAAAAUAGCUACAAUGGAUAUAUCAAAUCAAUCGAAGAGGACCAGCAGUCGGCGCUGUCGCCCAAAAAGAAGCAACGUAAUGGAGGCAUGAGGAAUUCUCCCAACUCCUCGCCGAAGAUCAUGAGACAUGACCCACUCGUCGUCCCCGGGACCGAGCAGAUUGAGAACAUGGACGAGAACAUAAAGAAAUACGACUCGACGGGGAUGUUCCACUGGUGCCAGUCAAAAGACAUCGAGAAGGUCAUGCUGACCCGGAGCGAGGCGGCCAUGACUGUCCUGAGUGGUCACGUGGUCGUGUGCAUCUUCGGAGACGUGAAAUCAGCCUUGAUCGGCCUCCGGAACUUUGUGAUGCCGCUGCGAGCGAGCAACUUUCACUACCACGAGCUGAAGCACAUCGUGUUCGUCGGCUCGCUGGAGUAUCUGAAGCGCGAGUGGGAGACUCUUCACAACUUCCCCAAACUCUCUAUUCUGCCCGGCACACCGUUGAGUCGGGCAGAUCUGAGGGCUGUCAACAUCAACCUCUGUGACAUGUGUGUCAUCCUGUCGGCCAAUCAGAACAAUAUUGACGACGCAUCACUGCAGGACAAAGAAUGCAUCUUGGCGUCACUCAACAUCAAAUCCAUGCAGUUUGACGACAGCAUCGGGGUCUUGCAGGCUAAUUCCCAAGGCUUCACACCACCGGGGAUGGACCGAUCGUCUCCUGAAAACAGCCCCGUCCAUGGAUUAGUGAGGCAGACGUCUGUCACCACAGGAGCAAACAUUCCCAUCAUCACAGAACUAGCACCAUUAGCAAAUCCGGGCAAAAAAGUGCCUGUGAUUUCAUUCAGUCAGGAUAAGAGCAGUGGGAUCAACAUACAAAUGAUCACGGAGCUGGUGAACGACUCAAAUGUUCAGUUCCUGGACCAAGAUGACGACGACGACCCCGACACGGAGUUGUACCUCACUCAGCCGUUCGCCUGUGGGACGGCGUUUGCAGUCAGUGUGCUGGAUUCCUUAAUGAGCGCUACAUACUUCAAUGAUAAUAUCCUCACCUUGAUCCGGACGCUGGUAACAGGCGGGGCGACCCCGGAGCUGGAGGGGCUGCUGGCGGAGGAGAACGCGCUGCGUGGUGGCUACAGCACGCCACAGACCCUGGCGAACAGGGACAGGUGUCGCGUGGCACAGCUGGCCUUGUACGACGGGCCCUUUGCCGACCUGGGGGACGGAGGUUGUUAUGGCGACCUGUUUUGCAAAGCCCUGAAGACUUACAACAUGUUGUGUUUUGGAAUCUACCGGCUACGAGACGCACAUUUAAACGGACAAACCCAAUGCACCAAACGGUACGUCAUAACCAAUCCGCCCUAUGCGUUUGAGCUGGUGCCCUCCGACCUGAUAUUCUGCCUGAUGCAGUUUGACCACAACGCCGGCCAGUCUCGGACCAACCUCUCCCACUCGUCCCAUUCCUCCCAUUCCUCCAGCAAAAAGAGCUCCUCCGUCCACUCCAUCCCGACCAUCAACCGCACCAACCGCGCCAAGAGCCGGGACCAACGAGAGAAACAAAAAAAAAAGACAUGGUUUACAGAUGAGCCGGAGACUCCCCAGCCGAGGACCAUACAGAUCAAGCCUGUGAAUACGCUCGCCGUCAACCAAGUCAGUCAGUACAAACCCACGAGCAGCCUGAUCCCACCCAUCAUCAGAGAGGCGGAGGACGAGUGCUGAGCUCGGGGACCCGCGCUGACACCUGGAUGCAUGUGGGUGUCAGACCCGGAUCCAGGAUCUCCUCUCACCUGCAAAGCCACGGACGCAUCAGUCGACAUCAGAUGACACAAGGACAGCAACUUUCUUGUGUUUCUCAUAUUAAAUUUUUUCCAUUCACCUCUGCAGCAAUUAUUGUACAAGCAGUCGAACAUAAAAUGUAGAUCCAGAAAAACAUAGAGAAGCAUCACAACCCCUGACAGUCGUGACCUGACUCCAUGACCUUUUCUUUUUUUGUUCCAUCUUGGGGAAUGAGGGUCACUCGAAGAGACCAACUAUAAAAAAAAAAAAAGGUGACUAUUAUAAUUAUCGGAUCAAGAUCGUUGCUUUUGUAAAAGUUGCCUUUGUAGCUGUCGAUGAACAUCAACCCACGACUUUCACGUGCUCCACCCGGUGUUGCCGAGUUUGUUCUGUACAGUGUGUUUCAAUGAGUAUAUUUCACAUCCAGCUGCAACCCCCCCACCACAAUGGCGGAGUCAGUGACUGAGUCUUCGCCAUUUGGAGCUAAUUCACAACAUUUGUGACGGUAACGAUCGGCCGGUGUCCAUGUGUAAAUGGCAUUUGGCUUCAGCCUUAUCUCUAUCCAUUUAUAUUUGUCUUAUCUUUUUAGCCUUUUUAUUUCUUUUCUUUUUGGUUGAGUCGUUUGUUGUUAUGUUUUCAUGUCACUGUUUCGGUUGCAAUGUCCAAAAAUCGCCGAAAUCUUACAGAGGGAAGAUUUGAGGUUGCACCAGGGGUUGGGAAUAGGCUUUUUUUAAAUCUUUAAUUUUUUGUGUUAAUAGCCAAAUAUGAUAGAGCUGUUUCAAUCUUGCAUAGUUUUAAUACAACAAUAGCGUUUUUCCUUUACUAACUACACCACAGACAGCAAAGCCAAAUACUAGGAUAGAGCAUGAGUCUGUGGGUGAGCUGACUGUGAAGCCACAUAUCGCAUGAAGUGGGCACCUUCAAUUCCUCCGUUGGCCGAAAGCACUGCCCGACACAGGAUUGUCUUGGAGCCCAUUAAGUGCUUGUAUGUCCUUCAAGACCAAUCUUUAGACCUUACUCAGACACGCCCAUGCUUUGUGUAGAUACAAUAAAUAUCAAUAAAUAAAAUAAACAGCUCUAUCAUUAAAGAAAAAGGGUUUUUGGCUAUUCUUGUUUUUUUAGUUAUAUUCUGUUGGUUUGGUGAUCGAUUACACAUCUGAUGUUUCCAUAAAACAAAACAAUUAAUACACGUCUGAUCAUUUGUUUCAGUUUGUAAGCACAUGAGUUAUUAAUCGUGUCUUAUUUGAAUAAUAGACCAUAGCUAUAAUGACACUGUUGUCACUUUACUCCAGAAUCAAUCAAGGGGAAGUUCUAAAAAACUUAAUAAAGAAGCAAAACGAAAGCAAUCCAUUACGUCCUUUGAUUGUGAUGCGUCACAGCUUAUGAGAGGAUUGGUGUUGAAGUUCAAAAAAAAAAGCAGGAGGUUUAGAUAUUUGUUGUAAUGUGCCGGGCAGUGCUGAGGCCAUCGGAGGAUUCCUUAAGUCCCACUUUUGCGAAAAGAGGCUUCUAGUUUAACUGGAUUUAAGCAAAAUGUCCAGUUUAUUGCUGUGAGAAUGAGAAUUGAACUUUUCCCCGUUUUGCUUCCCAUCAAAAACCAUUCUGUUAUUCUCUGGAGUUAAAAAAAAAAUAUAUGAAAAAGUCUUAAAACUAUUUUUUAAACGAUCCAUCAUCUAUAGCAGAGCCAUGAUUUUUUAUGUACUCUUCGAAUCUAUAAAGCUUAAUGUAAAGUAUUUCUUUCUAGUGUGUGUGUGUUGUUUGACAGAUUUUCUUGUUGCCAGUACCUGUGGGGGGGGGAGAGACACGUUUGGCAUUGCAGUCUAGUUUGUAUUAUUUUGUGAUUCUUCUAUUUUAUUUUUUAGCACAUUGACUUGUGGACACGAUGACAGUGCUAAGUUGAUAUUUCUGACUAUGUCACAAUACCCAAUUAAAGAAUACAGUUUAUUGUCUUGUACAAAUAGGCUUGUACAUAAAUUGUACAUGAUUUCAUUUUGUAUUUUCACAGAUUAAAAAAGCUGACGUAUCGUGUUCUACA